GGCACAAUGCUGUGUGCUUAUUAUUUUCUUUAAUACAGUGAGAAUGUGAGAUAGUAAACAUUUAAUACCAUCAAAAUAAUCCUUGGAACAUUCUUGCAGCGCCAUAGAAAAAGCUAUGCAAGUUGGUUCUCUUGGGCGUAGACUACAAAUAACUAAUCAGAAAGUCACUUAUUGUAACAAUCACCUUCUAAAACCUAUCAACACACCGGUCCAUUAUAUUGUAUCAAUAUUUACAACCAUAUUAUUGUACGCCAUGUGACUAAUAUCAAAAUCAGUUUCCUGUGACAAGUUUUAAGGUAUCGUGAUUCGUUAUUCACAUGGAUUCAGGCGACGCCCCCACCGGACGCAAACACCGUCGGCCCAACAAUGCCCAAGCCGAAACCAUUGAUAAGGCGAUCCGUCAACAGCGUCACAAAUCCGAGACAAUCAAGCGACUAAAAGGUCAGCGGAAGAAACCCACCAAACCUGUCGCCAGCUCCGAUCCCGCGACAGUCCUGCACAAGCAGAAAGUGGCUAAAUUACGGGACAACUACCAGAAAUCAGCGGACGAACUGCAGGCCAAGUUGGCCGAUGUGGAGCGACUGAACAAUGAAUUGAAGGAGGCGGUGAAGGGAAAGAGCGAGAGCGAAGCUAACCACCUCCUCACGCUCCCGCGUGAAGAAUUCGACGGACCACGCCCCAUUCGCACCUGCAUCUGUGGCAAGCAUUACACAUCGUUCCCCGAUAUUCCUCCGGAUCUAACCAUGCAGAUAUUCCGAUUUCUGGAUAGUACAUGGAGCCAUUUCGUUCUGCGACGCGUUUGUCGUGAUUGGUAUAAGAUGCUGGAGCAUUCCGCCACCCGCCACAACGUCCGCAUCACCCACACCGGCCUGAUGGACACCGUGGAGGCCCUGGACAAGGAAUCCGCGGAGAAGCUCCCCGACAACAUUGUGCGCGCCCUCUCAAACGUCACCCUGACGGAGCACGUGACCGGCUUGACCAUCAGCCUGGCUGGCUACUCUGCGCCGCCCUGCUUCGAGGUGCUGUAUGCCCGUGACGCCGACCUAGCGGACUGCAUGGAAGAAAGCGAGCACUGUCUGGAAGAGGUGGUACAGCGCUGUCCCCAUCUGCGCUCCAUUGCUGUUAUCCAGGCGCGAGUGUCCUUUGCACAGAUCCUAAACAUUCCCAGUGGGACACACUUCAGUGAUCUGCAAAUUCGAAUGGUGGACUGCGUUUUAGCUGAUGAUGAUCUGGUCGAAGAGGGCUGUGAACCUGCAGGAAUAUUAAUGGAUUGUGCGGCAUCAGCGCUUGUGAAAGACGGCACAUUGGUUUUCCCAGCCGACUGCAUCCAUUAUCAUGAGAAACGACGACGGUUAGAACGUUUUCUGGACGAUAUGACCCCGCCGUUGUCCGAUAAGGACAUCGAGACAUUAUAUCGGUUCAUGUGUGCAUUUAGUGGUUUCAACGUCGGUAGCAGGUCGAUGAAGCAGUUUGUCAAGACGAUUAUCAACAGGCGGGAACAAACGGAUGAUUUAGAUGCUGACAUUGCCAAUUUGUCGAGCAGUUUGCGUCAACCUCUGGAUAAGUUAAGCAACAUCGGUUGGGCCCAACUGCGAGCGAUGCGACCAAGUACACUGCGAUUGCUUUUCAAACUGGCGACGGCUGACUGCUCAAGCCCUUUAUAGCGCCGGGGAUCAACUUCUGAUCCGUUUUUGUUUUUGUAGCUUUUUCGUGUUUGCUGGAUUGCGUCAAAGUUUUCAACAGAAUAUCCGGGGCUGAUGUUUUGCAAAGUUAUUUUUUUAAAAAAAUAAACUUGUUAUGAAAUUGUUCGGUUUUACGCCCGUUAUAACUAUCCACCAUAAGAGCACUCUGAUGACCUCUUCUUGUCUUGAUUCUGCUGGACACACUGACUUGAAAACCCCCAAUCUGGAACGAUAUGCUAUAAUGCUAAAAUCAGG